CCUGCCACUUCUUCUCACUCGCAUGCUGCAGCGCUUCAGCUCCUUCAGCCUACGCAGCGCCAGUAGUCCGUUCCUGACAUACCCGAUAGUUGCACGCUGUGCGUUGCCCCACGCGCCGAGAAUGUCUUCAAGCAGCAGCAGCGGCAGCAACAGCAACCUCCAGCCCGUCGUGCUCUGCGGGCCGUCGGGGGUGGGCAAGAGCACGCUGAUCAAGAAGCUCUUUGCCGACAUGCCCAACCAAUUUGGCUUCAGCGUCAGCCACACAACGCGACAGCCGAGACCGGGCGAGAAGCCCGGCGUGUCUUACCACUUUGUCACCCGCGAAGAGUUCCAGCGUCUCGUCGCCGAGGGCGCGUUUCUCGAGCAUGCCACGUUUGGCGGAAACAUGUAUGGGACGAGCGCAAAGGCCGUCGAGGAUGUCAGCAAGCCUGGGCCAGACGGCCGCCGGCAGAGGGCCUUGCUCGACAUUGACACACAGGGCGUCAAGCUCAUCAAGGCCAACCACGCGCAUUUGCAACCGCUCUUUGUCUUUAUUGCCCCGCCGUCCAUCUCUGCGCUCAGAUCCAGGCUCACAGCGAGGGGCACAGACGACGACGAGGCGAUCGGGCGCAGACUUGCAAUGGCCGCGAGCGAAAUGGCCUACGCUCGGGCGGGCCACCACGACGUCAUUGUCAAGAAUGACGACGUGGACAGGGCAUACGGUAUCCUCAAGGCCGCCAUCCAGGGCACCUUGCAAGGAAAGGGCGACGACAUGCCAGAGGAGGAAGAAGAGGAAAAGGCACUGAGGAGUAAAGCUCCCUCAUCUUGAUGUGGAUUGUUGUCAUCAAUGCUAUCGUAC